CCAGAUAUCCUAUUCCCGGAAUAACCAAUCCCGAACGGUGUCACAUCUUAAUGUUUCCCUUCCAAGAUAUCCCAACAGAUAAAAAACUACCAUCAAAAUGUCGCUUACCGGGAUCCCCUCCCCCUUUUCUAUAUAAAAGCGACCGCCCUUCUCCCUCCCUUCGGCUCAAAGGCGAGAUUUUUAACUCGAUAUCGAUUCCGAUGGCCCCUGAACCGACGGCGGCCGGCCGCGAAGCCACCACGAUAGAGGACCUCCACGACGACAUCCUGACGAGAGCUCUCGGGCUCCUGGACGGGCCGGCGCUGGCGGCUUCGAGCUGCGCCACCGCCCACCUCCGGUCGCUCUCCACCCAGCCCCACCUCUGGCGCGACCUCUGCUUCUCCACCUGGCCCUCCCUCCGCCAUCCCCGCCUCCUCCACCUCCUUCCCUCCUUCCCCCACUCCCACCACUCCUUCUUCUCCGAUGCCCACCCCUUCCCCUUUCCUCGCGCCAGCAUCGCCGCCGGCGAAGGCCGCCGCCUCACGGAGCUCAUCUCCGCGGUCGAUCUCUGCCACGACGGCGCCCCGAUAUUCUCCCGCGUCGUGGAGACGGAAACCACCACUCCCUGGUUCCAAGGCGCGCCCUUUCGGAUCGACGCCAUCGAACGGAAGGAUCCGGCGGCGGCGACGCCGACGAUUUCGCCGGCGGAGUUAACCUUGAGCUGGGUCGUGAUCGACCCGGUCGGACUCCGGGCGGUAAACCUAUCGAGCCGGCGACCGGUGGCGGUGGACCGGCACUGGUACACGGCAGAGACCCUGGUCCGGUUCGCGACGGUUUUGGAGGCGGGCGGGUCGGUUUACUCGGCCGCGGUGGUGGUCACGUGCGGGGAGGAGACGGGGCACGUGAGGGAGGCGAGCCUAACGGUUGAAAACCUGGAUGGUGCUUGCUUGAAUGGGAGAGUCAGUUUGGGAAUCCUAGGGGCCACAUUAGAGGGUGAAAGGAGGAGGGAAACGGAAGGAGAAACGAUGGAGAGAUACGAGGAGUUUUCGAAGGCUAGACGGCGGCGGAAGGAGCGGACUGUGAGGAGGGAGAGGAUGCUGGACAUGUUGUGCACCGGCCUCGGGGUCUCAGUGUUCCUCAGUUUCUUAUUAAUGAUGGCUUUCAGAUAAUUCCCAUAGAUAAAAUCCAAGAAGAGAGUAGUAUAAUACUUCUUUUAUUCAUCGCCGGUCGGUUGGUCCGCCGGAAAUAUUGGAUCGGCAGCCAAGACCAGGAAACAAACCUCCCCAGGUCAUGUAUGGGCGCCAGCAACGGAAGCAAUGUCCAUCAUACAUCAAAAUAUAUGCCUAUAUGAGACAAGAAAGCUCAUGGAUAAGGGAUCAGAGAUUACGAGCGUGGUUAAACACAUCUAGUCCAGUCCAGAAAUAAGAAGAAGAGGCAAACACAGGAAGAGGAAUUAUCUUGAUAGCAAGGCAAACAAGUAAUUUCACCAGAUCAGGAUUGUCGCUAUGGUCUUGUAAUAUCUCAAAUUGGGAUUCCCCUCAUGUUAAUAUUCUGGACAUUACAACAAAUGAGCUGUCUUCCAGGUAAUGUUUCAUAAUCACAGAAAGAUAUUAAUCAAAGAUUUUCUUUAGGAAAUAAGAGAAGGGUACCCUAGUAUAUCUUAUAAUCUGGGCAGUUAAAUGGAUCAUGUUCUGUACCAAAAA